AACGAGCAAUAAUCACACACAGAAACCAAUCUUUCUGACAAACUUUGUUUUAUUCACUGUCUUCACAUCUUUGAAGUGAAACCAAAAAAUGGAGGCGCAGAAGAAGAGGGUGGCAGUUUUGGUGGGUUGCAACUACCCCAACACCGCAAAUGAGCUGCAUGGUUGCAUAAACGAUGUGUUGGCCAUAAAGGAGACUCUGGUGAAGCGAUUUGGGUUUGAUGACAGUAACAUUGAGGUGCUCACUGAUGCACCAAACUCUUGUAAAUUGCCCACCGGUGCUAACAUCAAGCAGGCACUGGCUAAGAUGGUUGAUGGAGCUAAAGAAGGGGAUGUGCUAUAUUUUCAUUACAGUGGACAUGGAACCAGAAUCCCUUCCAAGAAACAUGGCCACACCGUCCACCAUGAGGAGGCUAUUGUGCCUUGUGACUUCAAUCUCAUCACUGAUUUGGACUUCCGGCAACUAGUAAACAGGCUAGCAAAGGGUGCAAGCUUGACAAUCCUCUCAGACUCGUGCCACAGUGGAGGACUCAUCGACAAAGAGAAAGAGCAAAUAGGUCCAUCUUCAUCGGUUCAGAAUGGUUCCACAUCGAAAACCAGUUACACCCUUACCCACAAGACAAUCCCUUAUGAUUUCAUACAGCAACACCUAUCUUCCCUAACAAAAGCCACCGCCACGGACAUCGGCACCCAUAUGCUAGAACUCUUCGGCUCCAACGCAAGUUUGAGGUUCCAAACGGCGUCGCAUGCUCUGUUGGAGGCGCUAGGACCCGACGAGGGGAUCCUGCUGAGCGGGUGCCAGGCGGACGAGACGUCGGCGGACAUGAACCCUGGCGUCGCCGGGAAAGCCUACGGGGCAUUCAGCAACGCGGUGGAGAUGGUGGUGAGGGAGAAGGAGGGUGGGUUGAGCAACAGAGAGGUGGUGGUGAGGGCGAGGAAGGUGCUGCAAGGUCAGGGGUUUAAUCAGCAUCCUUGCCUCUAUUGCAGUGAUGAGAACGCUGAUGCUACCUUCCUGGGACAUCCUCAGAAAACAGAACACUGAUAUGUGAGAUUUGAAAUGUGUUUGUGUGAGGUUAAUUUCAUAAUGUUCUGUUGUUGUAUGAAUGUUAUCAUUUAC